GGCGGCAGCGGCUCCAUCACUUUCCUCCGGGGCCGGGGGUCGGCGGGCAGUGGCACCGGCCACUGGACAGGGCUGGGCAGGGCCGUGGACGCCGGGCCCCUGGUUCCCCAUCAGGCUGCGGGCUCUGGGCCUGGGGCCAGCUGGGCAGCUGUGAACCCAGCGCUUUCCAGGCGCCGAGCUGGGGGUGCGCCCGGCCACCCGGCCUCGGGAUCAUGGGGAAUGGCAUGACCAAGGUACUUCCUGGACUCUACCUUGGAAACUUCAUUGAUGCCAAAGACCCUGAUCAGCUAGGCCGGAAUAAGAUCACACACAUCAUCUCUAUCCAUGAAUCACCUCAACCUCUGCUGCAGGAUAUCACGUACCUUCGAAUCUCGGUCGCUGAUGCUCCUGAGGUACCCAUCAAAAAGCACUUCAAAGAAUGUGUCAACUUUAUCCACAGUUGCCGCCUCAACGGGGGUAACUGCCUUGUACACUGCUUCGCCGGCAGUUGGAGGAGCGCUUCGGGGAGAGCCCGUUCCGCGACGAGGAGGAACUGCGCACGCUGCUACCUCUCUGCAGGCGCUGUCGCCAGGGUUCGGCGACCUCUGCCACGUCGGCCACAGCGUCCUCCGCCGCUUCCGAGGGGACCCUGCAGCGCCUGGUGCCGCGGGAAGCCCACCGGCCGCUGCCGCUGCUGGCGCGCGUCAAACAGACUUUCUCUUGCCUCCCGCGGUGCCUGUCGCGCAAGGGCGACAAGUGAGCGCCCUGCCCGCCACUCCGCCUGUCCUCACGCCACAGCCCUUCGCCGGCGGCCAGGGCUUCCCGCAUCCGGGAUGCGCCCAGAGCUUGUGGGAGCCUCGCCCAUGCCCAAUGUCCACCACGCUUGUCUGCGUCCGUCCUCAGUGUCCCCUUUGUGAGUCCGUGUUCCGCCGGCCUGCUUCAAGCCACCUGGUGCCUUAGUCCUUGAGCCCGGGGAAGGGGUCCUAGGCCUCCACCCAGACAGACGGGGAGCAGGAGGUUGGUCGGGUGGGGCGGACCGGCCUGGAGGAGAUUAAAGAGAUGCGGACGUUGCCUGGUCCAGUGCCUCUGGUCAUUCUGCAGAGCCUGGGCUCUGCAGCCUGCGUGAGGCAGGCCAGGAGCAGCUUCCAGGGGCCCGGGGAAGCGCCAUUCUCCAUUAGUCUGCAGAGCUGAAUUCCAAGACCAUACCCUUCUCAGACACCCCUCCCCCAGUCCCCAUCUCUCCCAGAGCCCUGGACUCCUGACGCCCCCCCCCCAGCUCUUUGGACCCUUCACCUCUCUGAGGCCCCUCCCUCUUCUCCAAAUAACUGGCCGGUGUGUGCCAGUUGGUGGUGUUGCCUUCACGUCAGCUUUAACGGUCUGAGAUGACUUUAUACUCAGGGAGAACACCCAGGAUCAGAGAGGCCAGGCUGCUGGCCCAAGCACACACAGCUAGAGCAGGUCAUUCCAGCUGUGGCAGGAAGGAGGAAGCAACUCCUGGUGUGGAGGUUCCUGGAGAGGAAGACCCAGCACCAACUGGGGUGCAGGGGGUGGCAGGACACCCAAUAAAGAGUAAGCAGCCCUGUGGAUGGACAGACUAAGGGGUGUCACAAGAACUGAUUACCCGAGGGAGCUGAAGUCGCUUUUGCUCAGUAGACUCUUGGCUUCACAGCUGAUGGGGCACAGCCCCGGGGAACUGAGCAGAAGGAAUGGUGGGCUACCCACACCAACCCCCAAUUCUUCAUCCACUCAAAUGUUCAUUGAGCCCACAGUGUGCCGGACUGUGCUGGACUCUGGGGCUACAGCAAGGAGCACACCUCUGUCCAUGGCUGACCUUCUAGUGGAAGAGACCAGAUAAAAGAGGGGGUAAGAGAGUGGACCAUCUUGCCAUCUGACAGGAGAACGGGGAGCGACAAGUGGGAAUCCCAAGUGGCAGGAGCGGUUAACUGAAAAGACCCGGAGUUAGGGCUUUGUGAAGAGAAAGGGUGACUGUGCUCCCCAGAGGACAGGGAGCCUGCAUCCUCCUAAUUGGCCAGUGCCACCACAGUCCACCCGUCUUCUAGCCCUUCUGUCCCGGACAGAGUCAUUCCCUCUUUGAAACGAUAACGUGGUCCCAUCGUCCACAGACAAAACCAAGCCCUUUGGUAUAGUGUUCCAGACCCUUCCAGAGGCUCCCUGGAUGGAGUGUCGCCUCUACACACGGCCUCAACAGUGCAGUGCUCUCCCCUAGGACACUGUUGCCGUCCUAAACACUCGAGCUCAGCCGAUCCUCAUCCCACCCUAUAAAAGAACAACUAAUUCCUACUCAUGUUCACAUACAUACACAGCAAGGGCUGAUGCAGCUGAACUACUCAGCACCCUUCAUACUGCAAAGAUUUCUUGAUAAUAAAAGAGAAAUUCUAGA